GACCUCUUAACAACAACAUCGCUUACAAAUGGCUGCCGAAGAAUCAUUUUUUGAAUUUAUGGAAUCACAAAACGAUAAAUUUGUUAGCAUAAUCAUUAAAUUGCAAGCUAUCAUUCGUGGAAAGUGUGUCAGAAAGCAAUUGAAUGAGUUACGAAGUCUUUAUGAAAAUAUAUCAAAAGAUAUUGAUGGUCAAGGAAUGGAAGUUGUGUGGUCAAGAAAUUCCUUAUCUUUGCCAGUGGUGAAGAAAGGAUGUGCAGCACACCCAGCUAAAGAUUUCAAGAACAGUUCAUGUGAUCACAAUUCUAAAUCCUUCCAAAGAUCUGUGGCCAGUUUUGUAGCCCCAACUCAUCAAUCACACCAAGAGUCACAGACUCCCCACCCUCUUUGCGACCUGUCAGAAAAUGGAAAUAAAGAUAAACAAACAGUUCAUUCAAUCAUCUCAAGAGAAGUUCAGACAGAAUACACAGAACCCACAGUGGCUGGUGCUCAGAGUGAGAAAGAAACUGGACUUCUUAAAAAAGAUCAUAUUAUAUUGUCUGCUGAAAGAGAUUUACCUAAGCAUUUUGCCACCAGUGAUGUUCAAGAUGAAGAAGUUGAAAAUAUAAACAGUCAUCCAGCUUCAGAAUGUUCUGGUAGAAAACUUUAA